CUAUUUUAGUAUGAUCGCAACACCAAAAAAAAUCAUUUCCAAUCUAACUGUAAAAUAUUAUUAUAAUGUUGCACUAAAAUAGUAUAAUUUUUAGUGUUAGUUAAAGAGGUUUUGUAUAAAAUUCACACUAAAAUAGUGUUUGGAGUUGGGUUGUAAAUGGCUUAAAAACAAUUUGAAACAUAUUAUUUUAUUCACAAAAUUAAGCAAAUAAAAAAUAUAAAGAAAAAGUAACAGUAACAGUCUUUUAUGUACCCAAAAAAUAACAUCACACUGUUAGGAACAAAAAUUCAUAAGUGGAGAUUCAUAUCAUUCUAUUAUUUUUCUUAAAAUAAAUAAAUAUUGUAAUGGUCAAAAUAAAACUGAUAAACGACUAUUGGAAAGAACUGAACUAGAUAUAAGUACUGAUUGUUUCUAUAUUUAAAACAGCCUUAGUUUAGAUUUUCAAAAAACAUAUUAUUAGCCAUUCUUGAUUCAGAUUUUGGUUUUAUUUCUUUAAGGCUGUUCAAUCCAGAUUUUGGUUCGGGUUUUUUCGGUUUUUUGGUAUUUCAAUUUGUUCAAAGUUAGUUAUCGUAUUAAGACCAUAUAUAAUUUUAUUUGAUUUGGAUUAUAUAUUAUCAGUUUUUAGUUUAUUCAGUUUUAUACCAAAAAUCACUAACUACAUUUAUCUCUUAUAAUAUUUGUAAAUUUUAGUUUAUAUGAUUAGAUAUCGGAUUUAUUAUAAAAUAAAGAUAGUUUCGGUAUUCUAACAUUUAAAUAGAAUAUUUUAUGUUUUAAUUUUUUUUACGGCUUUUAUGUUUUAAUUAUAUAUUAAAAUAAUUAGUAUAAGUAAAAAAUUAAUAAUUACCCUAAUUUUCAUAAAAUAAAACAAAAAUAAGAAAAGCUAGUAAUGUCAUAAUAUUAUUAAAACUACAUUUUAGCACAAAUAUAUAUCAACAAAAUUAUAGUUUAUUUAAAUUAACAAAAAUGAGAACAAAAAUUUAAGCUUAAAACAAAAUUUCUAAAUUUAAUGUUUUAAAUAUGAAGAUCUUAUCAAUACAAUAAAUUAUGUAUAUAUUAUCAUUUAUAUUUAAUUAGUAUAUAAAUAUAUUACUAUAUUCAACCUAAUCGGUUUGUUCGGUUUAUUUGAUUUGGUUGGUUUAUAUACCACCAUAUCUUUUUAUCACAAUAUACCACCAUAUCUAUAUACUUUUUUUAAAUAACACUCAUUCGGUUUAAUUGAUACCAAAUCCAAACCAUUUUCUUCUAUUUUGGUUUGGUUUUAAUUGGUUCGGUUUUACCGGAUUGUACACCCUUAGUGUUUCUGUUAAAAUCAUUUUAUUUUCCAAUCAAAACUUUUAACAAAUAGAAUUCCUAAAAUUUAGGAAAACUAGUUUUUCAAAACUGAAUUAAUUUAUGAAAAAGAUUAAAACCAACUUUUAUGGGUUUUUAAUAAAAGACUAUUUUAUAUAAAAGGUGCAACAUUUUAAUUUAUUAAUAAUUAAAGUAAUAAUAAUAAGAAGUAGAAUCUUGGUUACCAGAAGAAAAAAACUCCAAGAAAGUCUCUAAGAACAAGAUUUCUCCUUAUUGGAAAUUCGCUAUUUUCGUUUUCAAAAAUCUAAAAAGACUUACACAUCCUAUAUCAAUUUCUUUUAGAGCAAGUAUAGAAGUUUUUCUUUCUUUUUGAACGUCCGCAAGUAUAGAGUUAUUGUAAAGCAUUUUCACUGAUCUUGGAAUACCAUAUCUAUCUAUCUAUCUAUACUAAUAAAGUUUACUAAAAAGACUUCACAAUGCGCCACCUCAGCGAAUGAUAUUCCAAAAUGUGACACGUGGCGUUGUUUUCUCACUCUUUGUUUCUGAAAAAUGGGUUGUCUACUUACGAAAGCCUCAUGUUGCAUUUGAUUUAUUUGUUUAGACCUAUCAUUAUUCCAGAAUCUCGACCCGGAAGUCUUUCUUCUUGAUUUGUAUGGUCGGAACAAAUUAACCAACAAAGACUGUUGGUUUACAGAACGACUUCCCCCUGAAUUCAAUCAACCACUAUAAUGAUCUCAUUAUUGUCGUUUUCAUCGCUACCUCCACUCUCUCGCAUUCAUUAGCUCACUCACACCGCCAUGGAAACAUCUAAAAACUACACCUAUAACUAUAAAUACCAUAGUUGGAUUCAAUAAAAAUUACAAAUCCCAUCAAAUCAUUUCACAUUCUCUCUUCUUAUCAAAAAAGAAAAAUUUGUUCUGUUUCUGCAGUUCAGAUAUCUUCAAUGGCCACAGUGACCUACUUCUAACUGAAAUGAAAGCCAAACGUGUUCUUAAACCAAUGGAGGUGUGAUUGCCCCUAUUGGGGAGGUUUGGAAUGCGAAGAAAGAAGGUGAACUCAUGGGUGUCGACAUGCUCUUGGUAGAUGAAAAGUAAACGCAAAGAAGGUGAGAUGGAUGGUUGAUAAUUUCGCGAGGCUCUCUGGUGACUCGCAGAUCAUGGACCAUGGCAAGUAUGAAGUAUUGUAUGCAAUAACAUCAACCCAUAAAAUUCUUUCCACAACACGACUUACUAGAUAUCACAAUAUAACAUUCACUCUUAAAAUGAGGGCACAACAAAAAAAAAAACACAAUCACAUAGAAUUUCCCAAAACAUAUUUACAAUGAGGGUUAAGUUUCGUGUCUCUCAACACACACUAUUUCCAUAACAAUAUUACACAACAAAUAAAAAAUUAUAAUAAAAAAAAUCUUCAAACAAAAAAUAACAAAACAUGUGACACCACUUACGUUUUAACUAUGCGUGCAUAUAAAUUAAGAAUCAAAAACCGAAUUGAAGGCAAUAAAAAGAAAAUCUAAAACUAAACAGAAAUUCACAAACCAUCGAACGGUUUAUAUAUUUUUGAAGCUGAAAAAUCGAAACCGUAUCACAGAACCAAAUAAGAACCUAAAAUAGUAAUUCUAUUUAGUUAUAAAAUUACAAAAAUUAAAAUAUUAUUUAUAAACCAAAUAGCCCAAAAUGUGAAAAAAAAAACAUGUACCACCACUGAACAUGUGCAACAAAUAAAUACAAUAAAAAAUAUGCAAACAAAAAAAUAACAAAACAUGCGCUAUCACUAUGGUUUCAAGUUCAACUAAGCCUCAGCAUAUUAAUUAAGAAGAAAAAUCCGAAUCGAAGCCGACAAAAUAAAUAAAUCUGAAACUGAACAAAUUUCACAAAUAACCGAGCGGUUCAUAUAUUUCUGAAACUGAAAAACUUAAACCGUGUUAGAACCGAACAGAGAACCGAAUGAGUAAAAUUAUAUUUAGUUUUAAAUUUACCAAAAAAAAUAAUAUUACUAAAAUAUGAAAUACCUGAAUAUUUAUUUAUUCAAAAUAUUUAAAAUUAUUCGAGUUAUCCGAAAUAACAGAAUUAUCCAAAUAAUUUUUGGUUUAAUAUUAAAAUUUAUCUGGAAUAUCAGAUAUUAAAUUCUAAAACUGAAAAGAUCUGAUUUUUACGCGAAUUAUCCAAAAUUAACUAAAAAUCAGAACCGAAUUAAAACCAAAAGUUUAUUGAAUAUUAGUUGGUUCUUGCAAUUGGUACCCGAACUAAACCAAAGAUCAAAAUAACCAAACCAAAACUAAAGAAAUUUUCAUAAAUAAUUGAAUGGUUUCUAUAUUUCUAGAACCAAAAAAAAAAACCGAGAAAACCAAACAGGAGCUGAACCAAAAACUGAACAUCCAAGCAUAGUUUCAACUGCUUGGGACCAAUUCAGCACAUAUUUAAAAAGAAAAAGUAUACUUAAUAAUAAAUAGUAUAUACAGUAGAAGUUUAAAAAAAUAAACAACAAAUUUAUAAAAUAACUAAACCAAUAAAUAUAUAUAAACAUAACUUAUGUUUAACCAAAUAUACUACAUCCCGCGUGAAGCACCGAAAUACCACUAGUUUAAACUAUAUUUGAACAAGUUACUGAUCUUUCUUUAUAAUUGAGAGAUAUGUAUGAAAACGUAGUCAAGUUGAAAGCCAAUAGAACAUAAUUAAUAUUUUAGAUAUCUUUAAGAAGUUAACAGCGUUUUGACGUUGAGUGCCAAAAAAAAUGUAGCAAAGCUGAAACAUGGACUUGUAGUCUAGUGGUAUAAGCAGUGUUAAAAAAAAAAUUUUGCAGCCCUCGAUAAAAACUAUAUUUUGCGGACGUAUUUAGGAAAUUUUGUAUUUUAGUGGUAUAAGCAGUGCUUUUAAGCUCCUAAUGAGAACACCUAAGACUGCACCGCACUGCAUUUAGUAAUAACAAAAUUAUAUAUAUAUAUGUGUAUUAUUAGCACCACACCAUAGUUAUUCUGCAUGUUACUAUUCGAAACCUUAAUUCCAACACUGAGUUCAAGCCACAAAGUUGUCAUUAUCAGCCUUUUUCAAAUAGAUUCUAGUCGGACUGGACUGGGUGUACCAAGAAAAAAAAAUUGGUAUGAAGCAAAAAAACAUGCAAAUGACAGAUAACCCAAAGCUAUCAAUAGUGAAAAUGUAUUUUAUUCUUUCGAUAUAUUUUCCGUAUACAUCUGAAAUCUAGAGAUGAAAAUUAAAUUAUCAAAAUGAAUCAUCAUAAAGGUCUUGAAUAUCAUAAAGGUCUUGAAUUGCUGAAAAUGGUGAUGUACAUGUUCUACAGAUCAAGAUUGAUGGAUUUCUUAUGAGUUUCCAAUUGCUAUUUCUUAAGAAAUUAUACUUCAUUACACUGAAUUGUGUUAUCUCAUAAUCCUAAUUAAGCGAUGUACUUAUAAAUAUGAGUUCUUAACUAUUAAAAAUAUUUCCAUGAUAAAAUUUUAAUAAAAAACAUACAAUUUAUUUAUAAUUUAUUUUAGAACAAUAGAUAUCCCAAUGAAUUUUUAUAUAAAUAUCUGUUAUAAGAACUAUAUGUAAGAAUAUUGUUAAUUUUUUUAUUUUACAAAAUUUACUUAUUCUAAACAUUAUUUUCUAUACAUUGUUCACUAUUUAUGGAAUAAUAUAAUAUUAUUCUCUUCUCUCUUUUCUUUGUUUCAUACACUUUUUUUUUGUUUCAUACACUUAGUUGUUAGUUUAUUUUAAGGUAAAAUAAUCGCAUUUUGGUUAUUAUUUUACAAAGUAUUGAAUAUGUAAUAAUUAUAUAAAAUAAUGGAUUAUUUAACAGAAUGUUUACUAUGGGAAAUAUCAUCUUCACAUUAAUAUUCCAUUUUAACAAAAAAGGAGAAAAUUGUUUGUUGGUAUAUCUAGGUUCUUAUCACUUUAUAAGCUUUGUCUACGAAGAAGGAAGAUAUAAGUAAUGAAAAUAUGAAUCUCAUGGAGAAGGCCAUAAUUUUAUUGUGUGUUUUGAAAGUUUUUUAAAAUAUUUUGGAAUUGUCUAAUUUGAUUGCUUGGAAAUAAUCUUUGUGGAACAAAGUGUCUUUAGCCAACGAGAAUUGAUGUCAUUAUUUUUUGUAAACCUAUCGAAAUUCAAAUUUAAUGCGUAUAAUAUCUUAGGUUGAGUGAAAAUUAAUUUUCUAAAUCAUCAGACAUAGUGAUUGGAACACAUUGAAACUUUAAAUAUAGAGUUUUGAAAACUUCAAAAUAGAGUUUCUUUUUGGAGAUACUCUGAGUUAUAGAGCAAAACUUAAUUGAUUCCCUAAUAAAUUAUUUAUAUUUAUGAUCUGAUUUCCUGUGAAUUUUUGUAUGCCUAUCGUUUGUGUUCUAUGUUUAUAACGUUUGAUAUACUAUUUUUAUUUAAUUUGCUUUCAAAAUAAUAAUUUUCGUGUCAUAUAGUUUGAUUUGAAAUUGAGAAGCGAAGCGUGCAUCUGAUUGUUAUGGACUUCUUUAGUGAUUUAUGGUUAAAACUCUGAGUUAUCAUCUGUAGUGGAAUCGAUUGAAAUGACAUUGUCUCUUUAUGACAAAAAAAAGAAAAGAAGAAGAAGACAUUGUCUCUUUAUUUAUUAAGGAGCAUCUACUUUGUAAAACCUAUAGUUAAAGACUUUGUAAGAAAGUAAUCACUUUGUUAUGUUCCAUUUCUAAACAAAGAAGAAAAAUGUUUAAAGUUGAAAUAAAUAAAUAUGGAAAAGAAUUGGAGAAAGAUGACUUUUGGGGCAUGGGUAGAUGAUAUUGUCUUCUUGGAUCCUCUUGUGUUCGUUUCGAGGGGAAGCUUAUUCAACGAAGAACAAGCUUUUGUCUAACUAGACAUAACUUUAUCCUUAUUAAAAACAAUUAUAUUAUGUAUAAUUUUACUGUUAGAAUAAAUUAUAUUCGCGCGCGGUAACUUUUCAAAUGAAAUGUGGUACUACUGUAUUUGACUAAUAAUCAUCCAUUUAACUUAUGAUAUGGUUGAUCAUAUGGUCUACACACGCCUGCACAAAUUCAACUUAUUGAUACAAAAAAUAAAAUAAACAAGACGAGUGUCCUCUCUACAUUAGGAAAUAGAAUCACUUGGUUGAGCAAUGAAAAGUAUGCUAUUUUAUUCAACCUGCUAAACUUUGGAAUAGGCUAUAAGGAUUUGUUAUCUAUAAUUAAAGAAUUUUACGCAUGACCAAGAUUUUCAGAGAGCUGAAGAAAAUAGUAGCUGCAAUGGAGAUUUCAAUUUUUUUUAGAUUUCUUACGUACCUUGGACUCGAAAUGAUAUUAUUCAUCCAUUAGUCACAACUGUAAAACCAUUUUAUAAAAAAAAAAUAUGUUGGUUAUUCUAUUUCGGUUUACUUUUCAGAUUAUUUUUUAAAUUAUAGAACAAUUUUUGAUGAAAAAACACACGAGUAAAGUGCAAAGUCAAUUAAAAUUACGAUGAAUUCAAGGACUUAACUAUAUAUGCACUGGUUAGACUAAAUUAUCUUUGAAUCAAUCUAUAUUUGUGCAAAACCUUUUUUAAUUUAUUAGCAUAAAUAAUAGUCUUUUAAUGUUUGGGUCUCAAGUUAUGGAGAAUUUUUUUUAUUACAAGUUACAACUAUGCAUAGUAAUGAGGUUCAAGAUAUUGUAAGUGAAAACGAUUCAAAAUAAUGCAUUUUAUGUGAAUGCUCAUAAACCAAGUAAAAUUAUUGGUUGCUCUGUACAAUUUCUUAUAAUUUAUAAUAUAAUUUGUACUAGCAUAAGAUAAAAAUGAUUCCGAUAAAGAACCUUUUGCAGAUGUCAAUAAUCCACAUAUUCAACAAAACUAAGAUAAGUAAGAAAUUCUAGUGUGCUGUUUGACUUAUGCAAAUGCAUAUAAAAUAGUUAUGUACAUAGACAUUCGGUAGACUGUAGACAUAAUGUGUUUGCGUACAUUUAUAAAGGAGACUUUUGUAUAAAAGCAUGAUUAAUUCCGGUUUUUUAGUCGGAGUUUUUAACUUAUGAUUUGACAUUUUUUUUUUUACAAUUUUCAACUAAGAAACGGUUCUUAUAUCUCUUAUUUAAGAAAUAAUUACUAAUUUUUCUUAGUCAAAAUCUAAAAAAACUAAUAACCGUCUCUUAACUUAGCCUAGGUUAAAAGAUAAUGAUGGUCUAAGAAACACAACACAAAAGUUCUCAUUUAAUUCUCCAUACUUCUUUACUUCUCCACAAUACAGACCAGACAAGAAAGCGGAAGAGAGAUCGAGAAAAAAAAUGAAACGUUUCAAAGUAAAGAUAUCAAGAAUCCUCUCCUUCAAAUCGUGCCGUUCAAAAGAUUCCUCCGACCUCCCUUUCAAUCCUGUCCCUUCACUCCCCCGUCGACCUCCUCCAUCAGCUGAUCCAUCAACCACCGUCACAACCGUGCCACACCGUCGUCGUUCUUCUUUUAGACAACACGUGUUAACCACUUUCGGCUGCGGCUCAAGUCGGCGACGCUCUUCCACGCCACUGGAUAUUUCCCGGAGGAACUCAACGUCGGUUUCUCCGCCACAGACGCCGACGUUUCAGUGGGAAAGCGAAGGGAAAUGGCACGUGAUUGUUCAAGAAGAUGAGGGUGAACCUCGUCCGAAAAUCUACGACGGAGAUGACCGUCGUCGGCGUUCAGUGAAGAAAGAGAGACACGCACGGCGGCGAGGGAGCACUUCCUCCGCGGACGAGGAGACGGAGAGAGAGAGUCUCUUGCCAUCUUCUACAAACCUCUCGCCGGAAAGUUCCUCUUCCGGGUUGCCACGUGUCACUAGACUACGGAGAAACCCUCCCACGAGAAAAAGCGAGUCGUCUUCUUCUCCGCCACUGUCUCCGGCAAGAUUGUCGUCGUUCGUGCAGAGAUUAAUCCCGUGUACGGCGGCGUCAGCGGUUGCGAUGGAAGGAGUGGCGGUGGUGAAAAGAUCGGAGGAUCCGUACGAAGAUUUCAAGGGGUCAAUGAUGGAGAUGAUAGUAGAGAAGAACAUGUCUGAAAUGGCUGAGCUUGAACAGCUUCUCAGCUGCUUCUUAACGCUAAACGCGAAACGCCACCACCGCGCGAUUGUUAGAGCGUUUUCUGAGGUUUGGGUUGCUUUGUUCUCCGGUGGUAAUGACGGCAGCAGGAGGUCCAGUGUUCAACUCUCCGAUUAUGAUGAGUGUUAAAGAACAAGCAAUAAAUGUUUAAAAUUCUAUGUUUAUCUCUAACUUGAUUAUCUUUCUGUUUUUUUAAUAAUUAAAUGGUCAAUGUAAGUGGUAAACUGUGUGGUGGUGCAAUGAUUAAAACUGUAAUCUUCAUGCUUUGUGCCUAUUUCAAAUUAAAUAAUCUGUCUUGUAUGAUUUAGAUUCUAAAUGCUUUGCUGCAUAGAUAUCCAUAUUCGUCCACAGUAUAUAUAAAAUAAAACUACAAAUGUUUGAUUCUGUUUAUAAAAGAAGAGUUCAAGCAACCAGUGAACUGUAGGUUUCACAUUUUCAGCAUACAACAACACUUGAGAAAAAGAACAGAUGUUCACUUUUUCUUUCACACGUUCAACAAGUAGACGACUCGUGGACUGUCGAUGUGGACCAUUUUUGACUCAGCAAACGAAGUGACAAAUGAUUGAAAUCAAAAGAGACCAAAGUUUAAUUAAAACUGAAUAUUGGCCUUCUCAGACACAAUACAGACGUGUGAGUGUGUGUCUUUCUCUCUCUCUCUCUUUAUCUUCACUGUUUCUAGGGUUUGCCACUCUGAAGCUGAAUCAAUCAAUGGUCAGAGACAGAGAAACUACUGGAGUUUGGGCAAGAAAAAGAGUAGAGAGAAUGGGUCCAUAGCUUGAACAGCAAGCGACCUCUAUUCAAUCACUCCUGUCCUUUUUACUUUAGUGUAAAAAGCAACCUCGAGGGUGAGAAAACAGAAGUAAAUAAUUGAGAUAAAUUUGGUAAAAAUCAAAGCACACGGCAUCAGAGACUGCAACAAAAAUGAACACUAAAGACCAGACAUGCUCUCUUUCUCAUGUUGUUUUCUCUCUCUUCUAGCUUUUGUUUUGGAUAAGGAAAGGUUUAUUAGAUUAAUGUAAAAGCGAAGUGAGAAAAAAAAAAGCUGUUCAAAAAAAAGUGAGAAAAAUCCUUGCGAUUACAAAUGGUCCAACACUCGGCCUUGCUGUGGGUGGUGGUGGCAUAGACAUGUGAUGAUGAUGGUGCAUAGGUUGUUGUGGCGGUGGUGGUCCACCUUGUUGCAUGUGUUGCGGCGCCCAUCCAUGUUGGUGAAUUCCCAUGGCUUGAGGUGGUGGUGGCCUUGGACCACCGAAGCUUUGUGGGUGAAGAAGAAACUGGGAGGUGGUGGCGGCGGCAUUCAGGACGGAAUUGCAUGGGCGGUGGAACCGCUAAGCCUGUUGUUGUUGAUGCCGCUGAGGUUGCCAAGAUGGUGGCUAAGUUUGGUAGACUUGUGGAGGUGGUAGUGGCGGUGUUGGACGUGGGACUGGGAUCGGAACUGGUUGCAUACCGCCAUUGGCAAACGGACGCGGUAUACUCUUGAGAACAUUAGGAUGCGUUGGCGGGCCGCUUACGAAUAGGAUCUGCUUUUCUGUGCGCUUGGAUUUGUGGGAGCCAAAAGCCACUCUGCAUUCACAAAAGUAAUGUGUUGUUAGCCCUGUUCGGCAAGGAGUCGCGAAAAUAUAACAAAUGGAAAAUAUAGUAUUAACGCAGCGACUACUUUUAUGGGUGUUGCCGGUGUUGAUCUGAUCCCUAAAAAAACAUCUUCAACUGAAUUGGUUGUUACGAUUAUUUUUACGGUCACUGCCUUUAAAUUUUAAAUUUCCGGUGUUGUUGACUUGCUCUCUACAUACUAUGAGAAAAAGUAACCUAUAAUUUUGGACGCUGGCCGCUAACGCUGUGAUCCUUAAAAGAACAGUACUUGUUGUUGUUGUUCCACUAAUAAAGAGAAAGAUUCAUAAGAAAUGCUCUUGAAUCUACAAGUUAACAUCUUAACAAACUCUAGACACCACAAGUUCACCAAAACUAUUUUCUCUGUGCAUUCAAGCAACUGCCCUGAAGAUAGGAUAUUUGCUUAAUGAGCAGCUUUGGGGCUUACUGAUGGUAUAGAUAGAUUUUGCUGGUUUUCUAUAA